UUUAAGUUCUGUUUAUUCUGGGGAGUGUUUGUUUGGGUUUUUUAUUUCGCUUUGACGCAACAGUCAGAAAAAUCAGUUAAUAGCUUCACUCAGCAACUUUCCACACCUCCUUCAGCUCAGUCAGCUCUUAAACCAUCUGAAGCAGCCUGGAUCAUCAAACAGUGUUCAAACGCAAUGAAUCAUAUGAGGAGCAUAAAAGAAAUGCUGAGCAUCCCCACUGGAAGCAGAAAUGUGUCUACCAGCGGCUACUCCAGUUUCACAGACUCUCAGGUUUUCUUUGGGUCUCAGUUUUGGCAGGAAAAUUCUCAAGGCAAUUCUCAAGAUAUGAGUAUGUCAUCCAGGGCCUCCCAACAAAGUUCACAAGAGAUCCAACAACUGGUCGCUGGUACAGAGAGAAAUGCUGCUGUGUGCCAAACGGUCCUCCAAAAAUUUGACAAUUUUGCAUCAACAAUGCAAAGUAAUCUGAACAGUCUUCAGAGUGACAUUUCCCAGCAGUUUGAGACUUUGCUGAAUAAAGUGAUCUCCCACGAAGAGAUGAUGGCUAAACUGGAGGACGGGGUGCAAAAGAGUGGGCCCCCCUCUGCAGAAGUUUGUUCAAACCUGCAGAGCUUGAAGAGUAGUCUGGAGUGUCAGAGAGAGGAGCAGGAGAGACAACGAAACCUGCUUGAAGAGGGUCUGAAGCUGCUCAACACCUUUGUCUCAGAGCACUCAGCCAAAUCAAGCUCUGAGAGAGUGACAGACAGUGCCAUCCAGACGUCACCAGAGCCAGAUCAGCCAUCCUACGACAUCCUGCAGGACAACAAGCUUGAAAGCACACAGCUUACGCGUAAGUCAUACAACCUUGAACACAAUCAGGCUGAAGUUUCCCAUCAGGAUCGCAGCUGCAUCACAGGAAAGAGGAAAUUCCCUCUGAGUGGCCAUAAGAGGUUAAAAAAGAGGGCACUGGUGCUCUCACAGAGAAGCAAGCGCACUGUCACAGAUGAAAACCGUAAACCUCUCAUAAACUGUGACAAAAAUCUGAAUGUUCCGACGCCUCUCUCUGAGUGUCGUGAUCCAAACACGGUAACCGGCCAGAACAGCCUUAACACACAGUGUCAGAUACCCACAAAAAAGGAGGUGAGAUCCAUUGCUGAGGGAUGUCUCAUCACCCCUCUCAGCUCCUGGUCUCAGGAUAGCAACAGCUCUGAAUGCCUCCCAGGGGUCGAGUCCAUCUUAGAGAAAGUCUCAGCUGAGUCCAAGACAGACAGAACCCCAGAGAAACAUGAAGGCCUCUGGCAGUUGUUUAACAUGGAUUGCGAUUUUGGUUUUGGCUUUUAGAGGAUGAGUUAAUAAGUCAAAAGAGUGAAGAAUCAGCAUUCUUAUAUUUGGAGUAAAAGCCAGACAUUUUUGUUAUAUUUAUCACUUGUGACCUAUGUUAUAUGAGUUAGAGUUAUUCUGUUUUUUAACAAAUAAAUAUGUAAAUAUUUUUUUGUGCUAAAGUUGUGGUGGACAAGCCAUGGAGUGGUGUAAACAAAGUACUAAUGACAAGUGCGUUUAGAACAAACUAACCUACAAAAACACAAAUAGAAAAGUUUUUCUAGAGAUGGAG